AUGUUUCUUGAUCAGAAGGACGUGUUUGCUGCCGAUCCACAGAUGCUGAACUCCUAUUCGUUGGCCUCGUCUUGGUGGGAUCACGAAUACGAUUGCGAAGCGCCGUGGAUUCCGGCCCAGAAGCUCUUGGCCAGUUUCUCGACCAAUCAUCUACCGCUGUCAGUCUCACGGGACCAGCUAUCGGAAUGUACAAGGGCUUCUCUGCAGCGAGCAAAGGCAAAAUUACCAGUUGGGCCAUUCUUGGUUCCUGCCCCGACGAAUUCAAAGUUUCACAAUGGCUCACCAGUUUCGCACCCAGUCACAGUUUCGACAUCCUUUUCCACUCCGACCCCAAGCACUCCACCUCACCCAGACACUCUAGGUCUCACAGCAAGCGCUUCUUACACUCCAGAAGCAAUCCGCUCGCAUUUGCUCGGACCGGAUGAAGUAAAUCAGAACCAUCCAGACACUCAACUCACAAUCGCCAUGGAGAAUUUUAUGAAUGAAAUGCGACAACUUAUCAGAAACAGUGACAGUGAGCACAAUCAAGGAUCCACACAAGAAACGCCAGUCAAUCAGCAAUUCGACAUCCUCAGAAUUGGGUCAUCUGAACGCGAAGAGGAUCAAAAGUCAGCCGUAAUUCAGCAGCUGUUUUCUUAUUGGGAUGAUCACGGCUUUUGGGCAGAAAGUGCAAACCUUAAGAAUUCACUUCUGAAGGGAUAUCACCAAAAAUUCACUGAUUAUGCCUUCUCGAACGAAUUCUCGGGCAAACCUACUUCAGAAAAAUUUCCGACCGAAGCCAAUGUAGCUUUUGUAAUGGUCCAUCGAAUGAAUCCUUCUAAGAACCCCGGUUUCGUCUAUAAAAUCCUAGGUGAUCGUGGUCGACUGGUACAAUCAGCGAAUUCCUUGGUCGCGCUUGAUAAGCAUCUGCUGAGAACACUCCAUAAGCUUCACGAAAUCUUGUUGAACGCGUUGGAUGCCUCAACAUUCGUGCAUUAUUCACAGCAAAAAAAACUGUUCGAUUGGCUGGAUCGAGAGAUUUUUACGCCUACCCAUGGUCCUCCGCUCAUAGGGAUCAGGAAUUCAUUGGAUGUCAAGUGGAGGGAACAAGAUAAGAUUGGGUCUGCUAAGUCAUCCUUAAUCCGUUACUUUGGCCAAGAAAAAGUUGAGAAACAACUUCUAGCCUCCACGGCCUACGACCUGAUAGAAAAAUUCGGUGCUGAAAAUGAGUUCGAUUAUUCAACAGCAACUCAUCCUUUCCACUUCGACCGCUCGAUUCGUAUUCAUACAACUCCACAUUUUGAGGAAACAAUGCGGGCUCUAGUGGAGAUGACGAAGGAGGUGACCAAAAAAUACAUUCUUCUGUUCCCCGUCAAAUCUAAGGCUAAUUUGCCUGGUGAUGACAAAAUUCUACGGGAAUGUAUUGCAGCAUCUCAAAUAGACUGCCACCUACCAGACAUGGCAAACCUUUAUCUAAGUAAACAUCCAAAAUUACCGGUCAUCAUGUAUUUCCAAGAGGACCAGCCACUUUCUGGACACCUACGAGUGGCCGAACAGGGCCAUAAACAACUCCGAAUGUCAAAAUUCAAACUGUUGUUCAAAAAACUACUCAAAGCGGCCAACAUCCUCCAUGCUGAAAUCUUGAAAUUAGGAACACCGGAAGAAGUCUGGGAUGAGAGAAGAGUGGAGUUGUUCCAAUGGCUGAACGCACUUGCGGUGGAAGCACCAAAUCUCCUCCCAAUAAUUGGAUCAGUCACAAUCAAAAACAAGCGCCUGGCACCUUGGGAAGAUAUUAGCUACGAUGGGAUCGAGCUAUACACUCCGGCUCAGGUGAAGAUACUCGAAUACCUAUCAAAAUCUCAAAGCGUUCAAAGUCUGCAAGAAGAUUCUGCUUAUUUCUUGACCGCUUGGUAUCAAGAAAAAUAUCCGAAUGAAUACGAGAAUUUGGUUUCCAAAAUUGAUCAAAAAUUGGUAAGGUAUCAUGAUCAUCUUCAUUGA